GAGGAGGGAGAUCAGCUCGCCGAGCCCUAGAGCGCGGCCGGCUCCCGGGGUUGGAGCCCGAGCUCACAGCUUCCGGAAGGCGUGGAGGUCGGAUAAAUACAUCCCGGGCGCCUGGGGAGCGGCUGGCACUGCACGCACUGCCCGCACCUUCGGCACAGCGGUCCGUACGGCUUAGAGGCGGCCGCAAGGUGCUGCACCCGCUCCUCCUCCUGCUGCGGCCGGCGCGGAGCGGCGGAGAGCUGCGGGCUCGGCCGCUGGCGCCCGGGCCCGCGGAGCAGAUGAGCGGUGGCGGCUGAGGGCCCCGGCUGGCCUUUGCCCGCAGUCUUCCCGGCGCCCGAGCGGGGCCGCAGCGCCCAGGGCGCGGGGUCUGGGCCAGUGACAUGGGGGCGGACUGAGGUGCCCGGGGCAGCCGUGCGCUCUCUCUCAAGCCGCGGGCCCUGCUCGGAGGAGGCGGCGGCGGCGGGCGCCUGGCCCGGCGCGCUCUGCUCGGGGCACCCGCGGAAGCCUCCGCCGCGCUCUAUGCGCCUAGGUGGACGCCCCGGGCCCGGGCCAUGGCGAUAGACCGGCGGCGCGAGGCGGCGGGCAGCGGGCCCGGGAGGCAGCCACCCCUGGGCGAGGAGAACGGCUCUCUGCCGCCUGGGGACGCGGCUUCCUCGGUGCCCCUCGGGGGACGCGCGGGCCACGGCAGCGGCGGGGAGAUCCAACCGUUGCCCUCCCCGCAUCCCGCCGGCGGCGGUCAGCACCCGAGCUGCUGCUCCGCGGCGGCGGCCCCGAGCCUCUUGUUGCUGGACUACGACGGGUCGGUGCUGCCUUUCCUUGGGGGCCUGGGUGGGGGCUACCAGAAGACCCUCGUGCUCCUCACCUGGAUCCCCGCGCUAUUUAUCGGCUUCAGCCAGUUCUCGGACUCCUUCCUUUUGGACCAGCCGAACUUCUGGUGCCGCGAGGCCGGCAAAGGCGCCGAGCUGGCGGGAGUCACCGCCACUGGCCGGUGGGGAGCCGAGGACUUGGUCAACUGGACUAGCCCGCCGACUACCUUCUUCUCCACUGCCGCCUCGGGGUCCGCAGGCCACCUCAGCAACUGGAGCGGAGCGGACAGGGGCGACACGCCACCUCUACCGUCCCCUCCGGACAAGGGGGACAACGCCUCUAACUGCGACUGCCACGCAUGGGACUAUGGUAUCCGCACAGGCCUUGUCCAAAACGUGGUCAGCAAGUGGGAUCUUGUGUGUGAUAAUGCCUGGAAGGUCCAUAUCGCUAAGUUCUCCUUACUGGUUGGAUUAAUCUUUGGCUACCUAAUAACUGGAUGCAUUGCUGACUGGGUUGGCCGGCGGCCUGUGCUGCUCUGUUCCAUCACCUUCAUUCUGAUCUUUGGACUGACCGUGGCACUGUCAGUGAAUGUGACAAUGUUCAGCACACUCAGGUUUUUUGAAGGAUUUUGCCUGGCUGGAAUAAUUCUCACCUUGUAUGCAUUACGAAUAGAGCUGUGCCCCCCCGGAAAACGGUUCAUGAUCACAAUGGUGGCGAGCUUCGUGGCCAUGGCAGGGCAGUUCCUCAUGCCCGGGCUGGCCGCUCUGUGCCGGGACUGGCAGGUCCUACAGGCCCUCAUCAUCUGCCCCUUCCUGCUCAUGCUGCUCUACUGGUCGGUAUUCCCUGAGUCCCUCCGGUGGCUGAUGGCCACCCAGCAGUUUGAGUCUGCAAAGAAGUUGAUCCUGCACUUUACGCAGAAGAACUGCAUGAGCCCUGAGAGUGACAUCAAAGGCGUGAUGCCUGAGCUGGAAAAGGAGCUCUCCCGGAGACCCAAGAAGGUCUGCAUCGUGAAAAUGGUGGGGACCCGGAACCUGUGGAAGAACAUCGUGGUCCUGUGUGUGAACUCGCUGACAGGGUACGGGAUCCACCACUGCUUUGCAAGGAGCAUGAUGGGCCAUGAGGUGAAGGUGCCGCUCCUCGAGAACUUCUACGCUGACUACUACACCAUGGCUAGCAUUGCCCUGGCGUCCUGCCUGGCCAUGUGUGUGGUGGUCCGGUUCCUGGGGCGCAGGGGAGGGCUGCUGCUCUUCAUGAUCCUCACCGCCCUGGCCUCGCUGCUGCAGCUCGGGCUCCUCAACUUGAUUGGAAAGUACAGCCAGCAUCCAGACUCAGAGUUGCAGCUGAAGUUGGCCGUAGGUAUGAGUGACAGUGUCAAGGACAAAUUCUCCAUCGCGUUUUCCAUCGUGGGCAUGUUUGCCUCCCAUGCAGUGGGAAGCCUCAGUGUGUUCUUCUGUGCAGAGAUCACCCCCACGGUAAUAAGGUGCGGCGGGCUGGGGCUGGUGCUGGCCAGCGCAGGCUUCGGCAUGCUGACAGCGCCCAUCAUCGAGCUGCACAACCAGAAAGGCUACUUCCUGCACCACAUCAUCUUCGCCUGCUGCACGCUCAUCUGCAUCAUCUGCAUCCUCCUGCUGCCUGAGAGCCGGGACCAGAGCCUGCCCGAGAGCAUCUCCAACGGGGAGCACUACACGCGGCAGCCGCUCCUGCCACACAAGAAGGGUGAGCAGCCACUGCUGCUCACCAAUGCGGAGCUGAAGGACUACUCAGGCCUCCAUGACGCAGCAGCGACCAUGGGGGACGCGCUGCCUGACGGCGCCACAGCCAACGGCAUGAGGUCCUGUGGCUCUGGGCGAGGCCUGCCCUGAGGGGCACCUGGGUCCCCAGGGUGGGGUUGCUUAUGCACAGGUUUACAACACGUGGCUGCAGCAGGCAAACACCGCAGGGGCAUGGGACCUACCACUGGUGUGGGGAAUUCUUUCCAAAACUCUAAGGAUCAUGUGUGAGGAGGCAGACUCUUCAGAAAUAAGACUUUCUUUUCUGCCAUUAAAUGUUUGUAUUUAUUUUGGUCAUUUUUACGAGAAGCACUUUAUUCCCUUUCCUCUCACUGACCUUGCAAUAGAACCACCUCCUUCAAGAGAGGGACCCAGUCGCCCCAGCGCAGCAGUCGAUCACCACACAGGUCCCUCGCUGCUGCCCGCCACCCCCUGAGCAGCCAGGUGCCACCCGCUCGAAGCUGCACCCAUGCUGCCUGCGUGUGUGCAGACACCCACCACGGAGCCGUUCCCAACUGAUACUUAGACACAGAAAUGUAAAUGAUCAGGUGUUUGCUAGCUAGGGUGUCUGUUAUGGUUUGUAAAGUGUUUUCUGUCUGUAAGGUCAGAGCUUCUGUUACGUGUUUUGGGGGAAAGCAGCUUACAAUAUCAUUAAAACCAGCUUAGUCUUUCCUUCAAGAUCAUCAUCCUUUGGUACUUCAUGCUGGAAAUCCUUUGGGGAAAACCUUAAACAUGUAACCACGAAUCUUAAAUAAUUAGCAACAAUGUUGCCAGUUUUCUGACCAAGUUUACCUAGUUAAGUUCACAACUAGCGUAAGUGUGGAAGUCUGAGACAUGUUAGCAUUAAUACUCCUCAGACUUGGCUCCUACAGCAAAGUUCCCUCUUUCACUGUCAGCUUUUUUUUCCAGAACUACUUGAAAACGUGGCUACUUUCGGAACUGAAACCAAUAGGGUAAGAACUGACAUAGACAGCUAAGGCAAACCCACAAGAGGGCAGGGUGCUCUCCCAAAUAUGGCCCUUCACGCACAACUGGAGCACACACCACGUAGAAAUCACCAGCUUGGAUAACUGUCAGCUCUCACUUAAUUUCACGCUGAGAGACUGUAAAACCUGUGGGAGUCCAUCUCCUUCAUGCCUGCCCUUAUCUGCUUCCUGCCGCUUCCAUCAGCACAGAGGUGGAGCUUAGGGCAAGGAGUGGAAUGCUCUCCUCCUGGUCCAACUGACCUCCUGCCUCUUAAAGCACCAAGACCAUUUGAGAGAAAGCAAUAACUCAUCAAAGUUCACUCCCAUCCCCAUCCCUGAUAUCCAAAAGUUUUCAUUGUGUUCUUCAUGUGGUCCCAAAGCUUCCUCUUCCCUUUCAUGUCAGGCUUUCUCCACCUGUUGAGGAGUGUUUCAGAGGAAACUCGGAGGGCCUCCUCAAGGACACCCAGGGGCCACUGAGAAACAAGCUUCAUUGGCAUAGGCAGGCACUACCUUGUAGUAAUAUAGGCACCUGAUUUUUUUAGACAGCAUGGGUUCUUUCUAAAAGUGUCCACCUCUCCCCACGACUUUGUGACAUGGGCUGUGUUUUUUCCAAGGAAAUCGUCGUCUCAGGUCUGUGAAUCAGGUGACCUCCAACUGACAGUUACUAGAACUCAAAGGGCCUCAAAAGGGGUUGACUUAACUUGCCUUUCUCCCCUUCUAGCUUUCUAUGUUGUCUGCAUCUUUCUGUCUCCACUCACCACUGUCCUCCAAAUCUGGUGGACAUCAAUAGGAAGCUGUUGGCUUGAUAAAAAUACGGUGAAGAAGUGAACUAACGGGCAAGCAUGUGUGAUUCCAGUGAGUAAACCGCAUUUUCUCUGUCAAAUCAGUAGCACCUGGAAUCUCCAGCCUCAUCCACAGACCACUGCUUAGGAAGGAAGGCCAUCUGGCCAGUCUCCCUGUUCCAGCCCAGUUCAUCCUCGCCUUCUCUCGUCUCUUUUAAGUCACUUUUGUUCCAUGUUUCAAUGUUAGUCCACAUCCACCUUAGUUUAAAAAGGCCUCUACAAAGUGCAGCCUUUGUGUGCCAAACUUGUGAAAUACCUUUUGCCUUUUUUAGAGUAUUUGCUACAGAGCCACCUGGCAGCAAGAUCCAUUAAGUCCAGGACAUGACAUAUGCAGCAGCCAAGCCCCUGGGCAGCCGAGGAAGCUGGGAAGGAGCCCGGGAGGUCCUGGGCCAGGCCCUGGCUGGGUGUAUUUCUGCAUGUAUCACCCCAGCACAAGGAUACCUUUCAGCCCCUUUGCUGUCCCGCAGAAGGACCUGUGAGUAUUCCCUCACAGAUCACAGAGACCUGCUCUAAGAACUGCACCGAAGCUAGAGAGAGCUGCCAGUAAUGUCUAGGAAGGUGGAGGCAUGGCACAGCAUUUUAAACUCCUGUUCCAAGGUCUCUGAUCUCCAUCCUAACUGACAAAAACACUGGUCCAAUAGAGACAGCACUGUCACUUCAGCAAUCAGGACUAACCCACAGAUGACAAGAGAAGCUAGCUGUGAGGACUGGGUUCUUGCGACUGAGGUCUAGGAUGUGAAAUGAGUAGACAAUCAGUAGAUGUUUCUGGGCAGAGGUCACACAGCUCUUUGCUCCCAGCAGCCUCAUGACUAGGCUGAGCUCUCUUGCUGUUGGUUUAGCUUAAGGCUAUCUGAAGCUCUUGAGGAACAUCUUUAUGAAAUAUACCCAAAACAGAAAAGUUUCCUUGUGGGCUGAGCACCGUGAAAUUCCACACCAAGUGGGCUAGGCGUCAAAGGCCCACCUGAGCCUGAUACACGUCCAGUCCUGCCCUGUUCUGCACGGAAGGGGCCGCCGCCAGCUCCCUGGCAGCUGUUGGUUGUGCUUGGACUCCUCAGUCCCAUUUCCUUUGUGGUCAGUAGGGAAACAGCUCUCAGGCAUUUCAAGUCUGCCUCCCCACCACCUCCUCCCCUGCCUGGGGAGACCCGUCCGGGUAUGUGCUGCAGCCACUCUUCUCCACCAGCCACACCUGCAUCCUGCCUUCCUACCAGGGAGCUGUGAUCCCUUCCAAUAAAAUUAUGCACAAAUGUGAACACCUGAGGCAGGGCUAGACAGGUCUUCACUUUCUUUUCCAGAAGUCAGUAACUCUUAUCAAAUAUCUGAGAGUACUAGCACCCAAGACAAGAAAAAGUUUUUCUGUACAGGAAAAAGUUUUAAUAUUUUUGUUUUCUAAGAGUGUAAUUACUUGCAACUAGAAUAAAGGGGAUGGUAAGUUGUUUUGGCCACAGACCAGAAAGCAAAAAUAAACCUCGUAAAGGAAGUAUCACACUCAAACAAUACCACUUCCUAGAGCCAAAUAAGAAAUGACUGAAGUGCCAUUAAACGAAUUGUGACCAUCGCGUUGCCCGGCCCCUAGGUGGCGCAUGGGGCAGGCACGUGCUGGGGAAGGCCCACACUUCACUUCCAAGUACUCCUUGCUUUGCUGUGUCGUUUUGGAAAAGCAGCACAGUGUGUUAUGUCGAGUGGGAAUACUUCCCUCUGUCCUUCCUGCCACCCCCACUUGAGGUUUCUAGUCAGACCAUGUUACUGUACAUGUCAACCGGGAUCAAUCUGGAGGUGCUCAUUCACAGCACAAGCCUAAAUCGAGUUCUGAACUGUGUUCAAAGCUAAAUGUCUGCAUGAUGUCACAUCUGUUGUACCUUUGGUAAAAAUUUGUAUGUAAAUGUACAGAAAUAAAAAUGUUGCCCCAUUAACAAAUUUCCUCUGGAAUGUCUUCCCUACCUCAUCUGAUGGUAUCCAAUAAAGGGCAUUUCACAACCAUUGACUACAAGUAAUAAAAAAACUCUCCAUUCA